AUGAUGCUUUUCGAAGCCCUCAAGAAACUGCUGAGAGACAUUCUUGGUCUUCUCAACAGUGAUGACACACUUCAUUCACUGAUGAGGGUUUUCUUCCGAGGGACGCCAGUUGCGCGUCUGACGGACGCCUCCGCAGAGGGCUCGUCCGUUGAUCCCGAUCCCCUCCUUUCCUCUCCAGCACUCAAAAGCGGUGAACUGGUGACUGGAGUGCAGUCUUCCUUCGACUCAUCGACAAGUUCUCUGAAAAAGGACGAAGUUGAUCAACAUGGAAACGCAGACGCCGUCAGCAUCGCCAUUCAGAGCAAUCUCAAGGAGGCUUUCCGCGUGUCGAAGGCGACUCUGUGCACCGCAAAGCUGUCCCAAGACGGCUACUCUACCGCCAGCUUCAAUACCACGAAAGCUGUAGAGUUCCAGCAAGAAAAUCCCUCGGAGCCAGUCUCCGAGCAAGCGGAUGAAAUCCCCGAGAAAAGCAACAGCCUUAUCAUCCCCAAAAAGGAGGAUUCUCCUCCAACAGAGUGUCCGAGGACCGUCAGCGAUGAUGACGAGAUGUGUCCUCUGUACCGCCUCUGUCCUCAACUUGCUCCAGGAGCAAAGAAUAAAAUGUACCCCUCUUCUCCCCUUCAGACUCGCGUGGAGGGAAAGGUUCUUUUCGACUCACCUCUGUUAAGCGAAGAAGACUUUGAACAGAGAGUAGAAAAGGAGAAGGUGUGCCUCGAAUUUGUACACCUGGAGGGGAAAACGGUUGAAGGUGUCAUCCGAGUCGCAAACACUGGCUACGAGAAGGAGGUGAUGGUGCUGUACACCAUAGAGAAACCCGACUGGAAAGUCGGUUCCAGCUGCAAGGCAAAGUGGGAGGAAAGUGUGUGCGACGGUACUAUGGACCGAUUCUUCUUCUGCUUCGACGGACUGGAGACCAUCGGCAUGGUCUCCUUUAGAAUCUCCUACAACGGGACUUUCACAGACGACAACAAUGGACAAAACUACACUGUCGCCUAUGCAAUGCCAUCUUCCACCACAUCCGAAAGUUCCCCGAUAACAGACAACGUUGAUCAAUGUUGUCAAUAUGGAGAUUCGGACGCCGUCAGCAUCGCCAUUCAGAGCAGUCUCAAGGAGGCUUUCCGCGUGUGGAAGGAAACUGAGUUCACUAAAAAGCCCUCCAAAACCUGCUGCUCAACUAAAACCUUCAAGACCACGAAAGCUGUAGGAUUCAAGCGAGAAAAUGUCUCAAUCCCGGUCCCUAAGCAAGCAAAGAAAACCGUAUCACCUCGAAAAAGGAAAACUCUCCUCCGCCAGAGUGCCUGA